AUGGAGGGCUCUUUCUCUUGUGCGCCUCCUCGAGUGGUCGCAAGCAUUGCCUGCAUCCCUCCACGGGUCGCGUCAGGUCAGUGCCGACGAGUCGCUCGCUCGCUCGCCCCUCAAGUACUGCAUGUCUUCGUGUGCUUGAGCCGCGUCUACUCCGACUGGGGAGCUCUGAAUGACGACGGCGGGUUGAGCAAGGAACGCAACAUCUCUGUCACAUGGGGAGAGGACGUCGGAGCUCCGGCGCGGUACCUGACGAGUCUCGAAGCGACAGCAUCAGCCUAUGACGAUGCAUGGAUCUUCUUCACGGAUGACGAGCAAGAGUUUCACCCGACACUGAUCGGCCGCAUGCUCUCCGACGUCUCCCCUUCUUCCCUGGUCCUUCAGAAUCGGCACCGACACUUGCAGCGCAACUCGAGCGGGGGGAUGGUUGCUGGUCGUUUCGGGUUGCUCAUGCGCAGACAUGUCCUCGCUCAGCUCCGCGCGUUUCCUAUCGCGUUUCCAGCGAGGCGAGCAGGAGAUCAGUGGAUGUCAAUCUACUUGCACAAGAGGAGAGUCCCUGUCGACCCCAGCAAUGUGGAGGAGCUGGAAGCAAUAUUUGACAAGCCCUCGCUCAACCAGCUCGAGGAUUCUCCUGAGCCUGCAGACGUCGCCGAGCUACAGGCUUUCUAUGCCGUUCGCUUCUGGCAGUCGCGGGUCUUGGACCAAGCCUCGGGGUCCUGGAGUCUUCCUGGGCAUGCAGCAGGCUGGGAGUGCGAGAGAGGACCGUCGGCAUGGCAGACAAGCUCUUGUGCUGCCUCGCAGGUCUGUCACGUGCACGGACGCUACGUGAUGUACGCGGGUGAGGACGCACAGUUCGUGGGGGCUGGACUAGGUCGCUGCGACGACUCGGACGAGAGGCACGCGUGGGUAGUGGAGAGUGAGACCUCGCUGACGCUUCCUCGUCGAUCUCAGUGGGUUCCGGGGCCCUCCAUCUUCCUGCGCAGAUACUCAGCCGGGAACUUCGGGCACUUUCUUUUGGAUUCCAUUGUUCCUGCCUUCAUCUCCUUGUACACAAUGAUACCAAAUGUCUCGCUUCCAGAAAACAUCGUCGUUGACGACCUUUGCGAUGACGGAGCGAGUCUGUUCGAGUACUCAGCUGCUGAUUGUGACAGGAUGAGCCAACGCAUCUUGCCGGAGCUCGCCAAGUCAGUGAUCUAUGUCAAGGCGAUGCGACAUCCCGUGUGCUUCGAGACUCUGAUCUCCUCCAACUGCAAGGUCACCAACAUGGAACAAGUCAGAGGUUCUGUGCAAGAUGCCCUUGGCAAUGCUUCGACAAGGGUGUUGCUACAUGAUCUGAGCCUCCUGGCUUUUGCUGAGCAGGUUGAGAUGGUCUCUCGCUCCUUCCUGUUAGUUUCUCCAGGAGGAGCUGCCUCCAUGAUCUCAGUGUUCUUGCCUGCCAAGUCGACGCUCAUCCUCGGCAGUUUCUGCUCGCAGUGUCUCGUCAGCUCGUGCUACAAUCAUGAAGUCGAUUACUUGUUCAGCAUCUUUCCUUCCAGGGAUGACGUGCGCGUUGUGCUCUAUCCCAUCAAGGAGGAGGAUUUUGUGCCUCCCAACAAGCCUCAAGGUUGUGACUACCGCUUUGGCGAUCAGUCCUGGAUGAAGCAGCAGGCUCAGCUGGCUUUCACGUCCUUCUUCCUCUCUCGGGACAAGCAAGCUUGA